ACUACAGCGCUGCUAACCAGAGAGGCACCGGACACCGGACAGCACCAGGAGGGGGGGGGCAGCUCCCGUUUUCCUCGCGCCUCGGUAUGAUGCCAUGCGACAGCAACAUGACCUCCAUGGUGCAGAGGAUCGCGCGCCAGGCUCUGCUCACCUUCCGCAGCCCGCCUCGGCUCGGUGAGGAGGCCGGCAGAUCCUUCCUGGAGAACCACAGCAAGCUGCAGAGCCUGAUGACGGAAGUCCGGGCUGCGGACCUCCAGCUGAUCCCCCGGAGAGGAGCCGCGGCGGUAGCGGCGGCAGCGGCAGACAGCACACCGGCCGUGCCCUCUCCUCUUCUUCCUCCUCUUCCUCCCGUCACAUACAUGCACAUCUGCGAGACGGACCACUUCAGCAUGGGAGUGUUCCUGCUGAAGAGUGGAGCCUCCAUCCCUCUGCACGAUCACCCGGGCAUGCAUGGCGUGCUCAAAGUCAUGUAUGGGCAGGUGCGUAUCAGCUGUUUCGACCGGCUCCAGGGGGCCCAGCACGGAGCUCUGCAAGGGGCCCAGCACGGAGCUCUGCAAGGGGCCCAGCACGGAGCUCUGAGGCGCUCCCUGCUCCGCUCUUCAGCCGUCUACACUGAGCACAGCGAGCCCUGCGUCCUCUCUCCAGAUCGGGACAACCUGCACCAGAUCGACGCCGUGGACGGGCCGACGGCGUUCAUGGACAUCUUGGCGCCGCCGUACGACCCGGACGACGGGAGGGACUGUCACUAUUACCGGGUUCUGCGGGAGGCGGAGGAGGAGCAGCAGCAGCAGAUGAAGGAGGUUUGGUUGAUGGAGAUAUCACAACCUCCGGAGUUCUGGUGCGGAUCAGAACCGUAUCCCGGCCCUGAGGUCCACCUUUAAAAGAA